CCCUGACGAGGCUCCAGUGCCUCUGCUGUCGUGCUUCAUGUAGCCGCGUGUUUGUGUGAGCAGAGAGGACGACUCGGCUGCUGCUGCCUGCUUACUGGGAACCAGACAGCAGUUCAGCCCAGCCACGACUCCACAUCCUGGAGCCACUGACCGACUAUCUGAAUAGCUGGGUCUUCACUAAACGACCAAACAGGGAUGUUACAUGGACUAGUGGGACAAGCAAUCGCCAGAGGUCAGAGAAGGUGUUUUAUGUUGCAGACCUGCUGAGUAACCGUGUACCAUCUCCGAGUCAUAAGGACUUAGUUAUUGUGGCAGACAGUCACAUACACACCUCCCUAUCCAUUAUCCUCACUGCCACAGGCACGCUGGGAGCUGCACCAUAUUUAACAGCUCCCAUAUCUACUAGCAGACUAAACAUUUAUUUUUCUAUCCUUUUGUUUUUGUAUUUUGGCCUUCAAAGUGACAAAUUCAAUAUUUGGAGCAUCUCAGCAACAUUCAGCACACAAAAGCAGUUAUCCCCCAGCUUCAGCUAAACAGAACAUCAUCUUCCCAGUUUUCUACUCCUGUGGCUUCAAUUAUUUCAACUUUCAACCUCCUGCGUGCUCCAAGGUGCUCGUUGUAAAGAGGCAGAGAUGACAUCCCAAAAACUCUUCACCAGGUCUUAUUACACAACUUGACCCAAAGAUAACCAUCAAUCCCCUAAGCGGCAUUCGUGGACCGACAACACUCCCAGACACAGAGCCCCGCCCCUGGCUUGGCAGGCAGUAUGGGAGACGGGAGCUGGGUAUGUCUGAGCCCAGCGGAGUUUUCCCAGCUGCAACAAUACAGCGAGUACUCCACAAAGAAGCUGAAGGAUGUGCUAGAGGAGUUUCACGGUGAAGGAGUCCUUUCCAAAUACAAUCCAGAGCAGAAGCAAGACGUUCUCAACCAACCCAUUGACUAUGAGGGCUUCCAGCUCUUCAUGGCCACUUACCUGGAGAAUGACAUCCCCGAAGAGUUGUGUCAGCACCUCUUCACCUCCUUCAAAAGCAAGACUGGAGGCUGUUCUCCCGAUCAGUCUCGUGCAGGAACAAGCUUACUGGGGAUGAACGGUAAAAGCAUCCUGUCUGCAAUGGGCCGACACACACCGGAGCACUCCAGUGUGAUGAGCACGGCAGGCACGGGAGCCACCACCUCCCCUUGUUCAUCUCGCUCCUCCUCGCAGCGUUCAGGGACGGGGGCCCAUACACCUAGGGGACCCCACCGAUCACCCUGCACCCAGGUCAAAACCUCAGAGGCCAGCAGCAAUGCCCUGACCCCCAAUGCUGGUCCUGCCAAGUCACCAGUGUCCCCCAAACUUUCACCAGAGAGGAGCCACCCUGAGAAGCAUUUGUCACUGCGGAGGAGCCCGUCGCCCCAGAAAGGCUCCCCACUGCCAUCGCCCCAGGUGGUCUUUCUCAAGGACAUCGUCUGCUACCUUUCCCUGCUAGAGAGGGGGAUGCCGGAGGACAAGCUGGAGUUCAUGUUCCGGCUGUACGACACAGACGGCAACGGGCUCCUGGACAGCUCGGAGCUGGAUCGCAUCAUCAAUCAGAUGGUGCAUGUGGCAGAGUAUCUGGAGUGGGAUUCAACAGAACUGCGACCGAUACUGAAGGAGAUGAUGGAAGAGAUCGACUAUGACAGAGAUGGGACAGUCACACUGGAGGAGUGGAUCAGAGGAGGCCUCACCACAAUCCCUUUACUGGUCCUGCUGGGCAUGGAUACGAAUGUACAGGAAGACGGGCAGCAUGUUUGGCGUCUGAAGCACUUCAACAAACCAGCCUACUGUAACUACUGCCAUACCAUGCUGCUGGGAGUUCGCAAGCAGGGCCUCUGCUGCUCUAUAUGCAAGUACACUGUGCACGAACGCUGUGUGUCCAAAGACAUCGCUGCCUGCAUCAGCACCUACGCCAAGUCACGUAGACACACCAACGCUAUGCAGCAUGUAUGGAUGGAGGGUAACUCUCCUACCAAGUGCGACCGCUGUCACAGAAGCAUCAAGUGUUACCAGGGCCUGACGGGCCUGCACUGUGUCUGGUGUCAGAUCACUCUCCAUAAUAAGUGUGCAUCUAAUGUGAAGCCAGAGUGUGAUGGAGGAGCCUUGAGGGACCACACACUGUUGCCAUCGUACAUCUGCCCUGUUGUCUUGGACCGUCAUUCUGUGGUGAAACGUGGUGAGGGGGAGUCGCCACCCAGCACCAGCCCUGAUGACACCAAUCAGACUUUCAAAUUCUCCCCUGGAGAUGGACAAGCACUGCAGAUCACCCCUCUCCCAGGUACUCACCCGCUUCUGGUCCUGGUCAAUCCCAAGAGUGGAGGGAGGCAGGGGGAGCGGGUACUGAGGAAGUUCAGGUACCUACUAAACCCCAGGCAGGUGUACAGUUUGGAUCAAGGGGGACCAAUGGCAGGGCUCAACUUUUUCCAUGAUGUCCCUGAUUUCCGGGUGCUUGCUUGUGGAGGUGAUGGCACCGUGGGCUGGAUCCUCGACUGUAUAGAUAAGGCCAACUUUGCCAGGCACCCUCCAGUGGCUAUCCUCCCUUUGGGCACAGGGAACGACCUUGCACGAUGCCUACGCUGGGGAGGAGGUUAUGAGGGAGGCAGCUUGCUGAAGUUCCUCCGGGACAUCGAGCAUAGUACAGAGGUGGUGCUCGACCGCUGGAACAUAGACAUCGUCCCUGAUGACAAGGAGGAGAAGGGAGACCCUGUCCCCUACAGCAUCGUCAACAACUACUUCUCUAUUGGAGUGGAUGCCUCCAUUGCCCAUCGCUUUCAUCUGAUGCGGGAAAAGCACCCUGAGAAGUUCAACAGCAGAAUGAAGAACAAGCUCUGGUACUUUGAGUUUGGCACCACUGAGACCAUAUCUGCCACCUGCAAGAAACUUAAUGAAUGCAUAGAAGUCGAGUGUGAUGGGAUCAUCUUGGAUCUCAGCAACACCUCCUUAGAGGGCAUCGCUGUGCUCAACAUUCCCAGCAUGCAUGGUGGCUCCAACCUGUGGGGCGAGUCGAAGAAAAGGAGGAACUACAACCGCAUGAGCAAGAAGGUUCCUGACAGGAUGCCAGCCAGCACUGUCACAGAUGCUAAAGAGCUCAAAUUUUGCGUGCAAGAUCUCAGUGAUCAGCUAUUGGAGGUUGUUGGCCUUGAAGGGGCAAUAGAGAUGGGGCAGAUCUACACUGGACUGAAGAGUGCAGGACGCAGACUGGCUCAGUGUGCCAACGUCACCAUCAGGACGUCCCGUCGGCUGCCCAUGCAGAUAGAUGGAGAGCCCUGGAUGCAGCCCCCCUGCACGAUCAGGAUCACACACAAGAACCAGGUCCCCAUUUUACUGGGCCCGCCUCAGAAGACACCGUUCUUUUUCUUCAAAAAACGCAACCGGAGCCGCGACUAGGACACGUGCAUGCACAAACAAAGUCAAAAACCACACACAUAAACAGUACAUAUUUGCACAUACACACACACACACGCCACCCGCUGUAUAGGCAGCUCCAUCAGACGACUGGGACACUGUUCCCAGCUUGGAGUUUGAACGUGGGAGGUUCAUUAACAGGAUCACAUUGACAAGUGGAACAUUCAUGAAGUCAGAAUGCCUGCACACAAUUUAUUCCCAAACGAACCUGCAGCGAUGGCAACCGAAAUGAAAGACUCUCCGUAUACUGUACCGACCUAUUCCUGUGUAACCAUCACCCUCUAGUCUUGUCUCCAAACCUCCAUCACAGCCAUGGGUUUGGUCUGAGCCACUUGCAGCAGCCAAGUCUCUCAGUCCAAGCCGCACUCUACCCAAAAACACUCAGCUAUAUGCCAGUACUGCACUGCCCGCUAAACACAACUUUGGCUACUGGGAUUCCCUCACUGUCCUUAAAUAAAGUAAAGUGAGUGAUAGUUAGAGGAUGGGGGAUUAAAAAGCAGGUUGUAUGGUUAGCCAGUAGAGAAAGAAGAAGCUACAACACACUACAGAAAGAGAGAAAGAGAAUGAGGUUACAGUGAUCGUGGUUGUUUACAAGGCUAGUGAGUAAAUAGAGUAAGAUCGUCCUCUUCUUUAAAACACCUGUAUGAAUAAUGAAACGGCGGUUGCUUGUAAGAGCGCUCGCUCCGGGGACUCCCCACAGACUGACAGCGCGAGGAUAGGAGAGGAGUGGAAAAGCCUCAUCCAUUAUUGACUUAUUUUGUUUGUGGGUUGAUGGCAGUGGGGCGUAACAGUGGCCUGGAGUGGGUGGAAACGUGGAGAGAUUUUAGCCCCAUAGCAUCACUGGCCUACAUAUUUAGAGACUUCCAGCAGAGGAAAUGUCCUGUCCAGUUGCGUGAAUUCCAUCCAAAUCGAAUCGGCUCCUGUGCACCGUAUGCCAUAGGACACUUCUACUGGUUCAAGGAUGGAAAUAAAACCCUUCAAGGGUAUCACAGCGGGGCCCCCAUGGUUUUUAUUUACCAGAGCAGUGACAGGGGAACUAAAUUUAUGCCUCUAUUUCAAGGAAGGUCUAUCUCUCCUCCAGUGAAACCCUACGCCUAAUUACAGUGUCAAACAUCAAAUCACAAUGUCAAGUGUGCUGUCAGAGUGCAAACCCCAGAGCUUGCCCCUGCAGCAAUGUGCUGGGUGGUUUUAAUGCAUUCCCGAUUUGUUUCACUACACCAAAUAAUGAUGCGAUGGCAGUGGAGGAAACAGACAAAAUAGCAGUGUUGAAGAUGGAUAUAUAUCAUUCAGAAACUGUUCACAGGGGAUCUUAGUUCAGUGUUUAUAAAGAAUGUAUACAUAUUACUGUCCCCACAAUAUACCAAAUUCUAUUACAUAGUAUGUGCAGAAAGAGUAUAUGUAUAUUUCUGGAAAGUAGGUGUAGCUCACAUAUACUGUACACAAGAAUGUGUUUUUAAUAUAUCAUUGUUAUUAAUGUGGAAUUCUUAGCUUAGAGGGGUUCAGAUCAGUAUUCUUCACCGUACAGAGCUUCUACAGUCACUCUCUCAAGGCAGUUUUCCACUUUGUCUAAUUUUAUAUUUGAGUUUAGUGUAUCGUCUUCUCUCUCUGACGUGGCUUCUUCCUUGCUUGCAGAAGAAACAGGAACAAAAAUUUCAUCACAAUUACAGAAUGUGUGACAAAAUAAUCUCAUGGUUCAUAUACUUGCUUUACAGAGCCUUACACAUGGUCCUCGACUGCAAAUGGAGCUGGGUCAAGUAGAGCUAGAUCAAUAAUAAAGCUUGUUGCAGAGAUAUCGUAUUGGUGUAGCUAUAUGUUGACAGACAAGAAACAGUAGUACAGAAAUUUCAAAGACCCUGUGUGUUUCAGGUGCAAACAAAGUGGCUUUAUGAGGCUGUACUAAUCCAGCUGUGCUUUGAGCGAAAUGCUAAUGACAGCAUGCUCAUAUUGUAAUGUUAACAUGUUGUUUACCACGUUUUCCAUCUUAGUGUGUGCGUGUUAGCAUGUUAAUGUUUGCUAAUUAGCUCUAAACACAAAUUACAGCUGAAGCGGAUGGGAAUGUCAAUAGUUUUGCAGGUAUUUGUUCAUACCUGCAAACUCCCUAAGUAUUGUAAAAAAUCAAAUAUCAUAUCGUAUCAUUUUUCAUCCUGAGGGGGCUAAAUAAUAUAGUUCAUAUUCAGUCACAUUUAGAUGUGUAGAAGGUCCCGUUCAGAACAUAUCAUUUUCCUUGUGUUAAUGUUUAUGUAAAAAAAAAAAAAAAAAAACUCAAAAGAAUAUCAACCAAUAUAUCAUCAUUGAAUUUCGAUGAUGAUAUAUUUCGUCAAACAUUGAUAUGAGCUUCAAAAAAAGGUUGUAGGUAAAGGGAACACAUGAACCAUGAGUUGAGAUUAUUUUAUCACACACACUUACCCUACCAGAAUGAGCCAUCAUGCUUAGGAAAUCAACCUAACUAAUACUAUACAGUGAUGUCUUCAAAAUGGUAAACUCAAAUUAUCCAUAGUCUGUAUGUUAGUGGAAAACUGUCCUGCGCCCUGCUGAAAUGUGUUAACAGUGCAGGGCAGAGGAAGACUGGUCAGAUGUUCUGACGAUACAAACUGAGCUCCACUUUAGGGUCAGGCUUUGAUGCCUUUACACCCUGUUUCCCUUUAAAAUACACUGAGGCAUUACUCUUCGCACCCAGUCCCCAUGAAAACAGACAGGAUGUCCAGUGGAUCCUCACACUGUGGAUAUGUGAUUUUAGGUUCUUCUUAACAACAUUAACAUCAACUGGGAUGGAGUUCAGGUUAUUUAUGCGUCACUUUCAUCCAUCUAAAUGAUUUAUCUUUAAAUAUACACCUAUUGAAAGAUAUUUAACACAACCGUAAUACUUCAACAACACUGUGGGAAUGUCACAAGAUAAAAAAUACAGCACAUUAUUAUCAUUUCUUCCACAUUUGUAGUUGACCACAAUGGAGCCUGGGUGCCAAGAGAACUCAGUGGAAAAGAGUGCAUGUUUACAGUAACUUUACAUUUAUUGAAAGGAUGGUUUUAGACAGCUAUAUUAAGUGUAUAUAUUUGUUUAUAAUAUUUUAUCUGAAGUUAACUUACAUCACCGCAUGCCUGCUGAAACAAAAGGAGAAUGAACAAAAAAGGAGAGUGUGGACCAGACUAUUCAAACUUGUUUCUUUUCUUAAAAAAUUCCAUUUAUCUGAUAUAUUUAUUUGUUGUGGUUUUCUUUUCUUUUUUUUCGUUGGCAGCAUGUUUAUAAUCAUGUGCAAGAAAAGACCGGGAAGAAGCUGUCUUGUAACAUAAAAAAAAAAGAAAGUAGAAUUCCCAGAUGAAGUUUCUACGAUUACAACAUCCAUUUGUGAUUUAUUGUCGGAUCUAAGGGCAGCAACGUGAAAGCCCACACAGAGACUGUCUGAGUCAAUUUGAAAUAUGUGUCACAACUCUUGUCUAUUCAAGUUCUUUGAAGUAAUCAAUUGCCUUAACAAAUAAAUGGACCCGCUCUGUGCUCUCAGCUUUGCACAGAGCUCACACAGAAGACAGAGAAAACUAGAAAUCAUCAAAUCAUAAAAACGAUGAUUAUUUGUAGAAACAUUUUCAAUAACAUAUGCCCUAAAAAUGACCAAAAAGGAACUGCUUUAUCCUCGACUGUCAACAGCUGGCCCACGGCAUUUAGACAAAAAAGAUGAUUUUAUCAGUAUUUCGCAGCCCGGCUUUGAAGUUUUUGUGUCAUGCUGACCUUCAGUCAGUCACCAUCAUGGUAAUGGGCUGAUGUAAUUUACUGCUACUGAACUGACCUUUUUUAUCAAACAUGGGAGGUGAUGUCUAUGUCUAUCUUUAUGUGCAGGUUAAGUUAGUCCGGGAAGCAAGUUGGCCUUAAAGGAAACAAAUCCCAUUUUAAAAAAGACUAAAACCAACAAUUUGUGACUGACCCUCUCGGUACCCUGUCUGUGGCACUCAGUUCUUAAAUCUUUAAAACAGGUCACAUAUAUUUCAUUUUUUUUCUUUAAAGGCCCAAUAAUUUACUAAAAAGCUGGACACUAUAGUUUUUAGGAAACAUUACUUUAAAAUUAAAUUUUUUAGAGACUAUUUUCAGCUAUGGAUUAAUACACAUUUGGUGCUCUAUUGAUCAUAUCUGGAAGCAGGGGGGUAUUCAUGUGGGAGUGAAUUUAAAAAAAAAAUGUUGCCCAUGUUCAUUGUAAUGGAGGACCCCUGUAUAAGGGCGUGGCUCACUGAAGUGUUUUUAAUUAGUUUUGUACAAAAGGUUUGUCUGUGGCACAGAGAAUUAGUCUGUAUGAGGAUUUAGCUACACAGGCAAUUCUUGUUUAGUGAGAUAGAUUAAUUGCUGGUUUUGGUCUUUUCAUGGGAUUUGUUCACAAUUAGAAAAACUCAGAAUAUCACCAGCCUUAUACUGUAUUGUAUUCUGGUGGUCAAAGCAUUUACAAGGCACAUGUAGGUUCAGUAAAAUUAAAGUAAGAAUCCACCCUUGGAUGCUUAAAUAUAUCAAGCUAUGUUACCAGGAGCUAUUAAGUUUUUAUCACCUCAACCAGCCUGGUGGAUUUUUUCCUGCAAGGAAUAGUUUGACAUUCUGGGAAACAUGUUAAUUCAGUUUUUUGCUGGGAGUUAGACGAGAAGAUCGAUACCACUAUUAUGUCAGAGCUGGAGCCAGGCGGUGAUUAGCUCAGCGUACCAUAAAGACUGGACGUAGGGGGUAAACUGCUAGCCUGGCUCUGUUAAGGUUGCCAACAACUCUAAAGCUCAUUCAUUAACCCGUUGUAUGUUGUUUCUUUAAUCUGUACACAAACAGGAUGACUUGUGGGGAGUUACAUGGUGUACCUAUUUCUUGACAAACAAUAAUCCGUCCACUCAAAACGUCACUCUGUGCACUGUUUUUGCUGGUUGCCUGCCAACCUCAAUGUGACAGUAAGACUCCGGGAAGUGAUGUUGUCACAUUCAAGUCAUAUUGUUCAAAAUGUAACUACUAGCAGCCAAAUGGGAAAUUUGACAUUUAGGGAAAUUGUGAACUGUGGGGAAAAUUUGAGAUUUGGGAAACUUGUAAUCCUGACAACGUGGCUCCAAAGCCACCAUCACGCAAUUACGUCAAAAUAAAGUCCAAUAUUAACACUAAUACAGCCAGUUCUGCUAUUUUAAAAAGAGUUUGUUCGUGUCUGUUUAGCAGUUUUGGUAACCAUCUUCGAAUAAUGUAAGAAUAUGAAUAUUUAAGAAUAACUGGAAUAACAGGAGGUUUCCCUGUUGUUCCCUGCUAUUCUGGUGAUAUUGUGUGUCAGCGUGGGUUUUCUCCAGGUACUCUGACUUCCUCCCACAGUUAAUAGGUUAACUUUAAAUUUUAAAUUGCCCUUAGGUGGGAAUGUGAGCGUGAAUGCCUGUUUGUCUCUAUGUGUCAGCCCUGUGAUGAACUGGCGACCUAUCCAGGGUAUAGCCCUCCAGCGAUCCUGCAAAGGAUAAGUUGUUUUAGAUAAUGAAUGGAUGGAGAUACAGGCUCCAUCCACACUACUCCAUGUUUGUUUAAAAAUGCAGUUUUAAAAUGAAUACGAUCUCUGUCCACACCAGCGUUUUAGCUGCGUAUCAGAGUUGAUCUCCGUCUAUAUUAAAAUGGCUUAAAACGCACAUAUAGUGGCCAUUCACGUACACUGGGGAUGCGCGUGCCGGUAUAAACAUGAAGCAGAUGGCCUUUUCCGUAGUUAGGACUACGAUCUAGGACUGUUACUGAAUGUAACACGGGAGUUAAAAGCAGAUGUGGCGGCGGAAAACAGACUGGGAGUUGUUGCAAAGUAAAUACGGCAACGUACACAGUACAAGUGUAGUCUAUUAGUGUGAUUUGCACUGUACAAAAUAUUAAUAAAAAAAAGUCAAUAACUCUGUCAGUUGCAUCCUGUUUCUACUUUGCAUGACUUACAAGACCCAUUCGGAGAGAGAAACAUGAGCGUCUGCGUCAUCGUUUCUAACAUUCUCCUUUUCACUAUCCCGGAGUUUUAAACCAAAAAACAGGGUCGGCAGCGUUUUCAAACAUCUCCUUUUUAGGUGUUGGUUUUCUCCGUCUUAGUCUGGACAGGAGGUGCAAACGUAGCAAAAGGUCUCCGUUUUAAAACGAAAACGCAGUAGUGUGGAUGGGGCCACAGUGUGUUAAUUGGUGAGCUUUACAGGUGCAUGCCAGGCUAAGCUAAUCACCUCUUGGUUCUAGUCCCAUACCUAACAUACAGACUGGGAAAGUGGUGUCAAUCUUUUCUUCAACUGCUGCAUUCUUCAUGUCAUAUCAAGUUAUCGUAAUUACCAUCUUGUAAUUAGUGCUCACGUCAACAUCCAUGUAGUAUUAUGACUGGGAAACCUCUUCUAUAUUUAAAUUGGGAUUUAAUAAUUCAGAAGAGCCGGAAAACUAAACAAACGAGGAUGUCAGACAAAGUGGUUGUUCAAUGUAAUUAAACCCACGUGUAAUAGAUCUAAUGUCAAUUCACAGUAUUUUUAUCCCUCACAUGGCUAACUCUGCAGUCAUACAACCAUCUUGAGUUAUCCAAUGAUGUGAAUGUGAUGUGAACCAUCUGCUCGCCCCCAUGUAGAACUAUCUCAGGCCCUCCCCCCACUUUUGCUUGGUCCCCUCCCUCCUCCCCUCCGAGGCAGAGGUGGCCCUACUGUCCUGACCAGUGUGAUCCAGUUCUCAUCCUGGGACAGAUUAGCGGUAUUGAGUGACAUCAGAGGCUCAGAUACAGCAGAGCCCUGGCAGCGCGUUGUGGCUCUACUUGCACAUUAAAUCAUCGAAUCACAGUUUACAGAGCGGCAAACAAAUCAGAUACAACAUAUCACAACAGCAAAGUCAUCACACAGCUUCAGGGGCGUAUUACAAGGUAGGGUAAAGCUACUGUAUGUAACCAAGAGGACAGUUAAUCAAGUUAUCGGAUUUGUAAACUCCAUGUCUGUGAUAUGAGCCUUCUGUUCCCCCUCAGGGUCAGUAUGGUAGGGGACUCUGAGCCCACAGAGGGUGAAGGACAGACCGUCCCCUGUGUUGUCCAGGACCUGAUUGGAUGAAAGAGGUUGACAAAUCAAUAUCUCCAACCUCUGUAGUCUGCCCUAUGUCUAUCUCUACUGUAUGUCACCGUCGCUGUUUGUUAGCUGUCGGCAUUUUGAUGGAGAAAACAUUUUACCAAAUAAACAGGAGGUUGAAAAUGAA